UCGAAGUCGUAAGUCGUAACCAGUAACUACAGCUAAAAAACAUACUGUAAAAUUAUUCUUGGGUCUUCUCUCUCUGAGUUUCCCCAUUAAAGCGCACUCAACGUUCUCCAUUUAGGCGACUCGUGGUUUUUCUAUCCUCCUUAAAGCAAUUUCUGAGUUAAAAAUGGCUGAAAGAAGAGAGCCUGCCAAUGAGCAAGCAAUUGCAAACUUGUAUGCCUCGAUGAGGUCAGAACUGAACCAAAUAUACUCAAAGAUCACAGAGCUUGAGAUGGAAGUGAGCGAACAUUCCUUGGUUAUGAAUGCCAUCCAGCCACUUGAUCCCUCAAGGAAAUGCUACCGUAUGAUUGGAGGUGUGCUUGUAGAAAGAACAAUCAAAGAGGUUUUGCCAGCUGUGCAGCGGAACAAGGAGGGCAUCGAAGAGGUUAUUGGCAGGCUGAACGAGGCUCUGGAGAGAAAGAAGAAAGACAUUGCUGAGUUUGAGGCGAAGUACAAAAUUAGGAUAAAAAAGUCAGAUAAUGAUGUGCAGGACAGUAACAAGAAAGAAGGUAACGCACAGGGUGUUCUGGUAGGCCCUGCCGGUGCUACUGAAACAUAGGUUUUGUGCUGAUAGUUUUCUUUUUUGAAGUCUUGGUCAUAUUAUGUAUUCCUCCAUGUCUUUAUAGUUAUGGUAGUUUGGAUGGUUUAGCAACUGGACGUUUUUGGAUUUGUAACAUCAUCAGGUAGUGUGUUUUUGGUUUUGUGUUUAUUAUUUGUAUGAUUUUGCUAUUAAUAUUGAAAGUUCCCGAUACAAAUACUAGAACUGAAAGUUAUCUUUCAUGUGCAAUUCAAUUGAUAUUUUGGUGUGCGCACUUGGA